UUCUGAACGUGCCCCUUUACAAACAGAUGAUAAAUGUCAAAAUCACUGUCACUUGUCACUCAAAAGUCAAAUUCAAAAAUCAUGACAUAAUUCACCUAUUUUCUGUAUUUUGUAAUAAUUUAUCAAUAACAAUUACCAAGAUGCUUAAAACAAUUAUUUAAAUACAGUUUAGCUUGAUAGAAUUCUUUAAUUUGCCUAAUAAUUGUCUUGUAAAUUCCUUACGAUGAAAAUCUAAUUUUAGAAUUGAGAUUAACCUUAAAACCUCUAAAACAAAUUAUUGUUUGAAAAAAAUGGCCAGCAACUUUCCGGAUUCGAUGAACUAUUGUUGCGAAAUUUGCGGUCUGGACGGGCUCAGCGAAGACGAGUUCCGGAUUCACACUCGCACAGCUCACGUGGACGGUUUCGGUGUUUGUCCUUUUUGUGAACUGACUGCUGUCAGUCCUGCCGAGCUCAUUUUACAUGUUAAUCAAGCUCACUUGGAUUUUUUGACUCCGGAGGACAAUGAUCAACAGAAUGGUAUUAGUUUUAUUGAUGAUCCAAGUCCUAGUGAAUGUACUAAUGGUUUUAAUGGAGAAAGUAGUGUCAGUUGGAACAAUCCGGCCACCUAUUCCAACAGGAGCCUCAAUGGGGAACGAAUGGACAACAAGAGCAGUUAUUCAAAUAUCAAUCUCAGUCCUAAAGUAAGUGGAGGGGGCGAGGUGACCCCACAAAAUUCAAACCACCAUUAUGGAGGCCAAGGAUCACCUCUACGAUCCAAUCUGGCCUUGAAACUGAAAAAUUCCGCAGCACCACCUCCAGCCUUCUUACAAUGUCCUAUUUGCAGCUAUACAAGUAAUAGUCCCAAUGAAUUAGAAGAACACGUUAACAGGCGACACUUCGACUUGACAUCACCUUCAGUAGGCCACCAAACCACCACCAAAGAAACAUUUUCUUGUCCUAUUUGCGUGAAAUCGUUCUCUUCAGCCCCAGAUCUAGAACUGCACGUCAACAUUGAGCACAAAGACGUUUUGUCGCCUGCAACUCCUGCCGAGGCUGCCGCCGCCCUGUAUUCGUGUCCAGUUUGCGGGAUGGCGCUGGACAGAGAGGCUGACGGUGAAGCUGCCCAACAACAUGUAGAAUCUCAUUUUCCUGCCGGAUCUCCUCAGCCGACAGCCGAUAGGGCGGCACUACGUGAGCGGGAAAAGCGAGAUUUUGAAAUGUUACGAGCCCAAUACGGAAUGGACAAUCAGGGUAACUUUCGAGAACAAUCAGUAACAAACAUGCAACGAGCAGUUUACGCUGGCGAGAUGAGCGUUGCUGAUUAUUAUGAACGUCAACUCGAUUUGAAAGCCUCAGAAAGCUGUGGAGUGGAUGAUGGCAACUCAGUGACCAGAAGUAUUGUUCCUAGGGUGAAAGCCAUGAGCGCAACCGCUCAAAACGUCGUCCGAACUCUCCUUUGCACCUGUGUCGACCACUACGCUUCCUCGUACGGCGACCGGGGCUGGGGCUGUGGCUACCGGAAUACCCAAAUGAUCAUGUCAAGCCUGUUGACUCACACCGGGUACAACGAACGGCUGUAUAAAGUUUGGCAAAAAGAAAAGCCCCCCAGGAGCUCUGUACCGAGCAUAUCGCAUUUGCAGCGUCUGAUUGAGCAAGCGUGGGCAGUGGGAUUCGAUUUACAGGGCUCUGAACAAUUAGGCGGCCGACUGGUCAAUACGAGAAAAUGGAUCGGGGCAACCGAAGUAGUAACGCUAAUGUCGUUUCUGCGCAUCCGGUGCCAAUUGGUCGAUUUUCAUCGGCCCACUGGUCCUGGCGGCACUCAUCCCGAACUAUUUAAAUGGGUGCUGUCGUAUUUCGAGAACGGCGCUGGUGGCGAAUUCACUCCGCCUCUCUACUUACAACAUCAAGGUCAUAGCAGGACAAUAAUGGGCAUCGAAGUGCACAGAGACGGCAGCUUGGUACUUUUGGUGCUGGAUCCCAGUCACUCGCCUCAACAGAUGGCUCAACUAGGUGACGUUAGCAACACCCAGUUGCGUCUGUUGAGGAAGAGUGAGGCGGCUAUGAAGGCGCGCCAGUACCAGAUUGUCGCCGUUGUUGGGAUGACCGACAACGAGCAACAGUACCAAAAUAGCAAAAUUCUUCGAGGCACGAGAAUACCUCAAGAAAGGUGAGGUUAGUUUUGACAAUUAUUAAUUGUCCUUUUAGGCAAUAAAUUUAGGCCCUAAUUCCGUUUAUUCGCUUUAAAAACUUUAUCAAUUGUUCUACCACCUUUUGCUGUUCAAAUCAAAGAAAAGUUUAAAGUACAAUAAUAAUUAUUAUUAUUAAAAGAGAAGAGAUUUUAUUUAAGAGAAAAAGCUCACAUUGUUAAACUAUUUAUUUAUUUGUAUCAAUCUAAGCAAAAUAAUUGAGCUUUUUUGCACCAACUAUCUUAAGCAUACAGGGUGUCCAUUUUAUUUUGUCCUAAGAAAAGUUGUAAUAUUAAGUAUUUAUCAAAAAAAAAAAACAACUUUUGUCAAGAUAAAUGAAAGUGAUAUAAUAAAAAGUACAGAGUGAUUUUUAGUUUUAAAUAAUUUUUUUUUUAUUGAUAGUAUGUAGUUAUAAUUUAAGUUCUUAAGAAUAAUUACUAUUUAAGCUUGUUUGUUGUUUGGAAAAUUGAUUGUUAUUUAUUUUGAAACUGCUAAAAAAUUAUUGUACAUACAAUAACAUUGACUAUUUCUAGUUCUGAUACAUUGUUUUAUUUCAAAUCUACAAAUAUUUAUACCUUAUAUGUAUAUAUGUAAUCCAAAGUUAAAGUAAUCCUCUUUUCAAACUUAUCCAGAGCAUCCACGACAUCCACAGUGCACACAUUCAACUAUUCUUCC